AUGCAAUUAGGGUAUUUGCUAAAUCAGCGGUGGGGUGGUGGCGGCGACAGACGGAGGGCUGGUGAGGAAGAAGGCUCUGACACCACUGGCAGUGGAGGGGCAGCAGCGUAUUUGGCUAUAACGCCUCUUACUAUGGGUGGGCAGUGGCAUAAAGGAAAGAGGGCAGUGGCACAAAGGGAAGAGGGCAGUGGCGCAAAGGGAAAGAACAGAGAAAG